CAUCAGGAAACAGAACGCGAAUUUGCCUCCCUUGUAACUAAUCGCUAUCGCUUCUGCGUGAAACGAUUGAAUUUUCCUUCCGCUUCGACUGCAGGCCGGCGGCUAGACCAGCUAAACUGGACUCAGAGCUGCUUAGAGGACGUCACUCUGGGUUUUCUUUUAUCAUCGGAGGGUUACACGCAAUGGAACCAGCCUUUGGGGAGGUGAACCAGCUCGGUGGUGUUUUUGUAAACGGAAGACCCCUGCCCAACGCCGUCCGCCUCAGGAUUGUAGAGUUGGCCCAGCUGGGCAUCAGGCCUUGCGACAUCAGCAGACAGCUGCGUGUCUCUCACGGCUGUGUGAGUAAGAUCUUGGCCCGUUAUAACGAGACUGGCUCGAUCCUGCCCGGCGCGAUCGGUGGCAGCAAGCCGCGGGUCACCACCCCGACUGUGGUGAAGCACAUUCGGACUUACAAGCAGCGAGACCCGGGCAUUUUCGCCUGGGAGAUCAGGGACAGGCUGCUCGCCGACGGAGUGUGCGACAAGUUCAACCUGCCUUCCGUCAGCUCGAUCAGCCGGAUCCUCCGCAACAAGAUCGGAAACGUGGCCCAGCAGAACCAGUACGAGUCGAGCAAACAGACUUCUCACCCUCAGCCGCAGCCUGCGCUGCCCUACAACCACUUGUACUCUUAUCCGACUCCGAUCGCAGCGACAGGGACUAAAGUGCCCACUCCCCCCGGCAUGCCCACUCUCCCUGGACAUAUGGCUAUGCACAGAAUAUGGCCUUCUUCUCAUUCUGUUACAGACAUUUUGGGCAUUCGGUCAAUUACGGAGCAGCAAAUUAGUGACAGUCCGUCCUUUCCCAGCGCCAAACUAGAAGAAUGGAGCGCUAUUAGCAGGAGUAAUUUCUCGUCAGCGAGCUCUCCACUAGUCAAUGGCGUGGAUAAGCCUCACUUAGAAGCUGACGCAAAAUACUCACAGACGCCGAAUGGAUUGCCCACAGUGAACAGCUAUGUCACAGCUCCCAGCAUCCAUCCCUACCAUCCUCCCACCCAAGUGUCGCCUUACAUGGGGUACAGCGGCACCACGUCGGCCUAUGUGACCGGCCCCACAUGGCAGCCGCACAGUGGCAGUGCUCUCUCUCCCCACAGCUGUGACAUCGCCGCUCCGCUGGCCUUCAAGGGCAUGACAGCCUCCCGGGAAUCCGUCCACUCUGUCACAGCCUCUGCUCUGUGAUCCUGGAGAAGAGGGUUUUUUUUAGACCAAGAAGGGAUGGUAUACUUUCCAGAAAAAUAAAUAAAUAAAUAAAAUCGCUGGAACGGACUAAUGUCAGCCCUUUGAUAUAUUUAUAAAGGACUUGCUUGAGGAGUCCACUCAAUUUGACAUGUCCUGAAAUGAAAUGGUAUGGUAGUCCUCUCUGUCCACACUAGAGGAGAGUGUUCUUAUAUACGACACUGCAGUUUUAGGUCACUGAGAUCUGACAGCAGUAGACCUUCCUCAUCAAAUCAUCAACUGGUUUCACUGCUAGUUCAGUUUCAGCUUUCUGUGAAUAUACAUAUAUAUUUUUUUUUUACUUUGAGAAAAUGGGCCCAAAUAGUACUAACUAAAUAAGCAUUAUGUAAAAAAAAAACAUUCAGUUUGCAUUUAAAUGUUUCAGGGUGUUAUAAACGGCUGAAGUCCAGAUGUUUUGCUUUGUUUUUCUGUCACAUUUUGAUAAACUUUUUUUAGAAUGGCAAGUUUACUUCUCUUAUAAUGUAUGCCAGAACUUUUGGGAGAAGUUAUUACAUUAAUUUAUUAGACUGUAAGGUACGUUGAAUGCCGUGCAAUUAUUACAGAUGGAUGUGAGUCGAGCCAGUGUGGGACCGUGAUGUACAUUCAGACACCACCAGCAUUAAUUCAUGCUACAUUAAAUACCAGUGAAGCUGCACACUUCCAAACAUUGCACAAUGAAUUGAAUGUAUCUUAUUAAAAGACACAAAUGACA